AUAAAUGGAUAAGAUAUUAAACAGACCCUCUGCAACUGCGCGCUCUGAGAAAAAAAUAUCAAACGCCGGAAGGACGAAGGCGGAGCUCCGGUCGCAUCAUAGCCAUUUUUGCCGAAACUAGAGCUUUCUCAGAUGCCUCAAGCUCUGAUUCUGAAGCCAGUUAUAUCCGUUCCUCUUCCCAAUUGGAGUAAAUCGCAAGCACGCAGACAUUCUAUUAGUUCGAAUGUUAAUGUACGUGGAAGAUUGGUGGUUACCUGUAUGGGUAUGUUGACACCAAGGAAGUUCUUACAGAAAAGGAAGAAGUUGGAAGUAUUUAAGGAUGCAGCGGACGAGGCAGAGCAGAAGAAUUGGAGGAAACUGAUGAAUGAAAUAGAGGAGACAGGCUCUGCUGUUUCUGUGCUGAAAAGUGGAAGGAUAAAAAAUGAGGCUAUUCAGAAGGAUUUAGUGUUGGGCACCUUGGUUAGAUUUAAACAGCUAAAGAAAUGGAACAUUGUCAGUGAGAUUCUCGAAUGGCUCCGGACCCAGAGCUGGUGGAACUUUAGUGAAAUGGAUUAUUUGAUGCUUAUUACAGCUUAUGGAAAGCUAGGGGAGUUCAAUCGUGCAGAAAAAGUUUUAAACUUGAUGAAUAAGAAGGGUUAUGCACCAAACGUGAUCUCUCAUACUGCUCUUAUGGAAGCAUAUGGAAGAGGUGGCAGGUAUAAUAAUGCUGAAGCAAUCUUUAGAAGGAUGCAAUCCGGUGGUCCUGAACCUUCUGCAUUGACAUAUCAAAUUAUGCUAAAAACUUUUGUUGAGGGAUGUAAAUUCAAGGAAGCUGAAGAACUCUUUGACUCCCUCUUGAACAAGGAAGGGCAAGUAUUGAAGCCAGACCAAAAGAUGUUCCACAUGAUGAUUUAUAUGUUCAAGAAGGCUGGGAAUUACGAAAAGGCUCGUAAAUUAUUUUCUGAAAUGGCAGCACGAGGAGUUCCACAAUCUACAAUUACUUAUAAUAGUUUGAUGUCGUUUGAAACCAACUACAAGGAGGUCUCGAGGAUUUAUGAUCAGAUGCAAAGAGCUGGACUCCAACCAGAUGUUGUCAGCUAUGCUUUACUCAUUGGUGCUUAUGGUAAAGCUAGAAGAGAGGAAGAAGCACUAGCAGUUUUUGAGGAAAUGCUUGAUGCUGGUGUCAGACCAACUCGCAAAGCUUAUAAUAUUUUGCUUGAUGCAUUUGCAAUCUCUGGGAUGGUCGAGCAAGCUAAGAUUGUGUUCAAGAGUAUGAGAAGAGACAGAUGCAGUCCAGAUAUAUGCUCAUAUACAACCAUGUUAUCAGCUUAUGUUAAUGCAUCUGACAUGGAAGGAGCCGAAAUUUUUUUCAGACAACUGAAACAGGACGGUUUUCGACCCAAUGUCGUUACUUAUGGUACAUUGAUCAAAGGGUAUGCUAAAAUAAAUAAUCUUGACAAGAUGCUUAAAAAAUAUGAAGAAAUGAAGCUCAAUGGAAUAAGAGUGAAUCAGAUGAUUUUGACGACGAUCAUGGAUGCAUUUGGAAAAAACAAGGAUUUUGGCAGUGCUGUUAUUUGGUUCAAGGAAAUUGAAUCGUGUGGCGUUCGACCUGAUCAAAAAGCGAAAAAUAUCCUGUUAUCUUUGGCGAACACAGCCGAAGAGCUCGAUGAAGCUAAUCAACUCGUAGGAUAUCCAAAUCAAAGUAGCGAUGCAGAAAGAGCAGGUAAGUUUUCUAGGUCUAUGGAGGACGAGGACGAGGAAGACAAUGAAUUGGAUUAUGCUGAUGAUGUAAUUCAUCACAAUAACCAAAGAGAUGAGAAAAUUAUUUUGAAUGGCAUUCACCAACAAAACUUGGAGGGUUUAUGUGCUAAGAUCUGUUAAUGUUAUAUAUUUGUUUACUCUAUGUUGGUAUAUUGUAAUACAAAAUUCACUUAGCUGGAGAAAUCUAAGUCCUUUCUCAAAUCACAACCUAGCUGGUAUACAACUGUGGAACUUUGAUGCCCA